AUGUCUUCAGGAAUUGGUUUCUCCAAUGGCCACACCUGGAAACAGCAGCGACACAUUAGCAUCACUGCUCUGCGGAAGCUGGGCCUGGGGAAGAAAAGCAUUGAGCAUCAAAUAGAAGAUGGAGCUCAGACAUUGGUGGAGAUAUUUAGACAGACAAAGGGACAGCCAUUUGACCCAUCACUUCCAGUAAUAAAUGCAAUUUCUAAUGUCAUCUGUGCUUUGAGUUUUGGACAUCAGUUUCCUCGUGACGAUGAAAACUUCCAGAAGUUAAUUAAAGCCCUCGAAACUAUUGUGAAAUUCACUGGUGGCUUUUUUCAUGCGUUGCUUGUUGUGUUCCCACGAUUAAUGAGCUACCUCCCAGGCCUUCACAAGGAGGCCUUGGCUUCCCUAGAGGUGAUCACUUCCUUUGCAAAGCAGGAAAUAGAAAAGCACAAGAAAUACAGCGCUCUGCAUGAGCCACAAGAUUUCAUUGAUUACUAUCUUCUUCAGAUUGACAAGGUAUAA